AUGACGCGCGAACGCUUCCUCAAGCAGUCACUCGGCUCGCAGUUCGCCAACAUCAAGAACGCGCGCAUCCUUGUCGUCGGCGCCGGUGGCAUUGGCUGCGAACUCCUCAAAAACCUCGUCUGCACUGGCUUUGGCGAGAUCCACCUGGUCGAUCUCGACACAAUUGACCUGUCCAACCUCAACCGCCAAUUCCUCUUUCGCCAUGCCCACAUCAAGAAGUCCAAAGCUCUGGUCGCCCGCGAGGCCGCUUCCAAGUUCAAUCCAAAUGUCAAGAUCGAGGCACACCACGCAAACAUCAAGGAUCCACAGUUCAAUGUCGACUGGUUCCGCGAGUUUGUCAUCGUCUUCAACGCCCUCGACAACCUCGAUGCCCGCCGUCACGUUAACCGCAUGUGCCUUGCCGCAGACGUCCCACUGAUCGAAAGUGGUACGACCGGUUUUAAUGGCCAGGUCCAACCCAUCCGCAAGCGCCUCACCGAAUGCUACGAUUGCGCACCCAAAGAAACUCCCAAGUCCUUCCCCGUCUGCACCAUCCGAAGCACUCCAAGCCAGCCCAUUCACUGUAUCGUCUGGGCAAAAAGCUACCUCUUCAACGAGCUGUUCGGAAUCAGCGAAGAUCAAGCUCCCGACCUCGAUCACGAAUCCGAUGAAAACGAUGAGAAAGAGUUGGCCGAGCUGAAGAAGGAGGCUGCUGCCCUGAAAGAGAUCCGCGCAUCAAUGGGCUCGACAGAAUUCCCACAAAAGGUCUUUGACAAGGUCUUCACUCAGGACAUCAACAGACUGCUCGGCAUGGAGGACAUGUGGAAGACGCGCAAGCCUCCGACCGCCCUCGACUUCGAAGCCGUCAGUGCUGCAGCUUCCAACGUCGACCGCGAGACGAUAGCAGACGACCAGAAGAACUGGUCUUUGGAAGAGAACUUUGCUGUCUUCUCGGACAGCCUGGUUCGUCUGAGUGACCGUCUGAACAAGCUGCGAGCAUCACAAGAGACUGGCAACGCUCCUCCGAUAUUGACCUUCGACAAGGACGACCGAGACACACUCGACUUCGUGGCCGCUGCUGCCAACCUCCGCUCCGUCACUUUCGGCAUCGAGACCAAGUCAGAGUUUGACAUCAAGCAGAUGGCUGGCAACAUCAUCCCUGCCAUCGCUACCACAAACGCUACCACAGCCGCUCUGUGUGUCUUGGAAGCCUUCAAGAUUAUGCGUGGCGACUGGGCCAAGGCAAAGAUGGUCUUCUUGACAAAAUCGACCGAGCGCAUCAUAAAUAAGGAGUCUCUGCGUCCACCUAGACCUGACUGUGGCGUUUGCGCUACUGCCUACGCUAGAUUGGUCAUCAACACUGACAAGACCACUCUGGAGACUUUUGUUAAAGAGGUUCUGGUUGCCAAGCUCGGCUACAAGGAGAGUGAAGUCGAAGUCAGCAACGAUGGUGGUGUCUGGUAUGAUCCUGACAUGGCCAUGGACGAAAACGACAACCUCGAAAAGACGCUGAACGAUAUUGGCAUCGUCAGCAACUCGACUGUUGUGAUUCGUGGUGAAGACGACGAAGGCGAGCGUGUAAACCUCGAGCUCUCCAUCUCUAAUAUAGAAUUCGAUCAAUCUACAGCCGCCACGACCGAGUCCUUCAUGCUGAUCCCCGAUCUCCAGACCAUCCCCAAGAAGACUCCUGCCCCUACCGCAACGACGACUGACGCCGGAUCUUCUAACGGACAAACUCUUCCUACUCGUUCGUCCACCAAGCGUACUGCUGCAGAUGCUGAUCUGGAUGCUGGAGAACACGAAGCCGAACAAAUCGCCAAGCGUGGCAAGGUCGCUGAGGAGAACAAGACCGCCAUCACCGUUGACGACGAUGGUAGCAUCAUGCUGGAUUGA